AUGGCGACAAACGGAGAUUAUCCCCUGAUCGAGGUGGGAAACAAGAAUUUUGCCGAAGCUGCUGUUGUGAUCAUUGGCGCUGGCAUUUCUGGCAAGUUGGAUGGCACCAAUAUGAAUGUGUACCGCGAUCAACUUAAGAGCGGUGGACUUGGCGGAACGUGGAGGGAUAACAAAUAUCCCGGCUGUUGUUGUGAUAUUAAUUCUCAUCUCUACAGCUAUUCCUUUGAGCAGAACCCAAAUUGGUCAAGACUAUACCCGAAUCAGGAAGAAAUUCUGCGGUACCUCCAUGGCGUAGCCGAGAAAUACAAGCUGUUCCGUUUCAUUCGCUUCAACUCUGCUGUUGAGGAAGCUAGAUGGGACGAUAAAACUCGAAAAUGGAAAACAGCUAUUAAAGUAGGAUUAGGUUCGAAGGAUGCGGAAUUUAUAGAUCACUAUACAAUCAUAUCUGACUUCCUUGUUUCUGCCGUUGGCCAACUCAAUUCGCCGUCAUAUCCAUCAAUUCCCGGAAUCGAAGAUUUCCACGGGAAGAUGAUUCACACGGCUCGGUGGGAUUGGACCUACGAUCUGAAGGGAAAGCGGAUUGCUGUUAUCGGAAAUGGCGCAACGGCUGCACAAAUAAUCCCUGAAAUAGCGCCCGACGCUGCUCAGCUAACAGUGUUUCAAAGAACACCCAAUUGGGUCGUACCCAGACUGGACACUGCCAUAUGGAAACCGGCUCAAAUCCUGUUUAAAUACUUCCCCCUUGCCCUCUGGAAAACCAAGACUCCAAAUGGGCCGAAUACUCCCGAACAGCAAGCAUCAACAUGCUAA